AUGGGUGUGCGGCGCUGGAGGGUUCCCCAUCGGGGGAAUUUUUCCGCCUGUCCCAACGGCUCCCGCUGGGUGAUGGAUGUAUUCAACGAGUGCGCCCAGGACGGCCGGGACAUCGCCAGCGUCCUCCUGGGGCUGGUUUCCAUCCUUUGCUUUGCGGCGGCGUCUUUUCCGCAGUUCUACCAAGCCUGCAAAACGGGCAUCAUGGACCGCGCGCUCUCCAUCUAUUUCCUGCUGGGAUGGCUGGGUGGAGACCUCCUCAACCUCAUCGGCUCCUUCCUGGCUGACCAGUUGCCCCUGCAGGUUUACACGGCCGUUUACUACGUGCUGGCAGACCUGGUGAUGCUCUCUCUCUACUGCUACUACAAAGUGAAGAACGGGGGCGGAGGAUUCACCACCCCCAUCAACGCUGCUUUUGUCUUCCUUGCCCUGGGGACGGUGUCGGCCGUCUCGGUGCUGGGCAGAGGCGCUGGCGGGGGACAGGACCCGGCGACGUUCCGAGGGAGAUCUCUGCUGUCCCCCCGCCGGGAUGAGCCUGGGGCCAAGCCCUUCACCAGGAGUGAGAUCAUCGGCUUUUUCGGCUCCGUCUCCUCCGUGCUGUACCUGUGCUCCCGCCUCCCCCAGAUCCACACCAACUACAAGAGGAAAUCCACCGCCGGCGUCUCCUACUCCCUCUUCGCCCUGGUGAUGCUGGGGAACUCGCUCUACGGGCUCAGCGUCCUCCUGAAGAACCCGGAGCCCGGGCAAGGCGAAGGCGACUACGUCCUGCACCACCUCCCCUGGCUGGUGGGCAGCCUGGGCGUCCUGGCCCUCGACGUGGUUAUCUCCUUCCAGUUCCUUGCUUAUCGGCGAGGAAAGCCCGGUACCCGUGAAGAGCGGGAUGCUCUCCUCGGCGAGCAGGGUGACGGCUUGGAGAGCUGA